AUGGCGCAAAUGCAGUUUCCAAAUCUGGAUGGUCUACCGAAAGGUUUCGUCACAGCGAUGAGGACGCUAUUUGAUAUUAUGGAUGACUCAAGUAGCGGAUUUGUAAAGUUUGCAGACAUAGAAGAGCGAUGGCAGGAUGAUGGAACGCAGGGUCUUCCUAAAGGUGUUUUGGAAAGCCUUAAAAAGGUUACACCAGCCAAUGGACUUUUAUCUUUUGAGAGAUUCUGCACUGGUUUGAAGAUCUGCUUGCUGCAGAUUCAAUCCGAUGCCGAAGCUGCAAAAUGCGAAAUACAGCAAAACCGACAACCCUCUACCCCUGCGCUCAUCAUUGAUGGGCAGAAUAAGAUUCCUUGGACAUCUCCAAAUACAGCGACAAUCCGUCCCAACAAUGCAAUAUCACAGCAGCGAACUUCGAGUAUGCCACAGCUUCCAGGGAGGAAGGAUGUAGUUCUUCAUUCAGAGUCUGUAGACAACCGAAGUACCUCUGAACCAAAACCAACAAAAACUUAUGGACCCCCAAAACCUCCGAGAACUGGAGCUGGUCUAGAAGGGAGAGUUCCAUUGGCUAUGAAUUUUGAUAGAAACAUGGACAAAUCUGGAAUAAGAACUGCGCUGCAAAAUUGGCAGAUGGGUUUACUGAUGGGAGAUGAAAAAUCGACGGAUAAGCGGCAAGUUGCUCCAAUAAACUAUCAAACCGAUCCAAGAACUACUGUAAGACCACCUCGUGCGCUUGGUGACGGAAAGGCUGUAGAUACGCAGCAUAAUCAGCUUGGGAUUCAGCAGAAAAAAUCCAUAGUGCGACGUCGUGAGCCCAGACGACACACGUUGCAGAAUGGUAUUGAUUAUAAUAUGAUGAAACGUAUGAAACAAAUCGAGCAAGAAAAAGACGUAUUGCUGCAGGGUUUAACUGCCCUUGAUAAAACCAGAGAAUGGUAUCUUAAGCAAAUAUCUGCGACCCAAGAGAAGAUCAGGCACGUCGGUCGGAUGGGGUCACAUGUGGAACAAUGGACAGAAGCUCAGCAGGAACGAUUGGAACUACAGAGAGCACGAGUCCUGGAAGUAAACCGGCAUCUUGCGGCGCUUAUAAGCAGCUGGGAGCGAGGUGGAUUGCCACUCCACAUGAAUUUGGCUGUCAUCAGUAAUCCCACCACGCCACAACUUCAUCAGGAUAUGAUUUCAAGGCUUAAGCAACAAAAUCAUAGACUAACGGAGGAGGUGAACAAAAAGGGUCAACGAAUUGCAAUACUAGAACAAGAGAAGGAGAGCUUAAUGCGAGAAGUUUAUAACCGACAAUCAGGAAUGGGCCAACCUCGAAGAUCUGCUAUGAUUCAUGAGCUACACGAUCAGACUUUCAUGUAAGCAUUUAAUAAGCCACUUUUGCAAUCUCUUUUGCGAUUUAGAAGUGGAUGAAAUUUAUCGGCAACGAUUCAACAUUUCAUUUCAAGAGUCCACCUGCAUUUGACAUCAGCUGAUCAAUGUCUGAUAUUAUUUCUAUCCAGAAGUAAAUAUGAACGUGCAAUUAAUCAUAUCUCUAAGAUAUACCAAUUGAAGUUAUCAUAAUUUAAAAUCGAACGAUAUUAUUAUCUUGUAACGUUAUUAAUAACAUUUUAAUACUUUUGUACAAUUUAGAAAAAAAAAAAGAAAAAAUUAUAUUUCAUGCCUCUACAUGGUGCGAAUAGU